CACAUGUAUUGAGAGUUUGAUCGCAAGGUUUGCGCGUUUCUGGCGUUCAGUCAAUCAUUUAGUGAUUGUAUUGUCUGUGAAGUCAUAUAAGAGACAAAACAACUCUUGAGAUCUCAUUGCUUACCGCCGAAGAAGUGUUGCGAACACAGAAUGGAUGACGACUUGGAGGAGGGAUUGGAAGUGUUUUUGGAGGAGACGUUCCAUACGUCGGAACCGAUUCGCGCCAAACCUGUCCAACGGCUCAUCGAAAGGGUUUGGAUCAAAGACAAGCGGCCGAAGGUCUUCAGCCAAGUGAUCAAUGGUGUGGCCAUCAAAUCGGAGACACCCGUCAAACGACAGUCACUUCACGAACGCUUUCUCCACCACCAGAGGGUCAGAGAGGAGGCGGGCGUUCAGUUUGAAACGGAUCCCAAAGAAGACGACGACGACGACCAGUACGUCGAUCUCGAGGAAGAUGAUGGUCUGGAGGACGAGCUGCCGAUGAAGACUCAGCGCAACGCACGGAAGACGUCCCGAAAACUGGUGAUAAAUUUGGCCAAAAAACUGAAGAACAAAGCGAUUGCCAACCGAUUGGGUGUGACUUAUAUGCCGGGACUGAAUCGGUUGCGCCAAACACUGGCCACAGCUAACAGACCCGCAGUCACUCCCAAGAAGAGUUGGUCCGAGAAGUUCGGGCGUCUGUUGGCGGCCAAAAAGCUGCUGUAUUUGCCGCUACUGUUCCGCAAGUAUAAGAUGGGUCCGCGACGGACGCGCGAAGAGCUCGACAUGGAGUUAGACCUCUACAUGUCUGAAGUGAGGGGCAAAAAGAUGAGACUCGGCUUCGACGCCAUCACCGACUCAUUAGGCAAUACCGACGAUAACAAUAACCCCGGUUUCGUUGUCGUCGAUCCCAAGAAACUGUUGAAUGGAUUGGGAGGGAAGGGGUGGCGGAAGAAGGUUAAGGAGAUGCCUGUCGUCUGUAAGGAUGCGUUGGAUAUGGAGAUCGACUCCUAUAUGGCAGACAAGGAUAAGCCCGAGAAGCAGAAGAUUGUGUUCAAAGAGGAGUCCACCCCCGAGACUAAGGACCAGUUGGACAUGGAUUUGGAUGAGUAUAUGUCUAGUGUUAAGAAACAGCGCCACACCGUCAGCGCCACGGCCUGAACGCUGUGCUCCACACCUCGUGUUCACUUCAAAACUGCUAAUCAUUUCCAUUGCAUUUAUUGUCGAUCUCUCCCUCUCUCUCUC